CCUACCGCUGUUCAUUUAUGCGUAUGCAAUGUGAGUUAUCAGUGAUGACAACAUGUAGCCCGACGGCGAUUCAAACAAACCGAUGGAUUCCAGCGGCUUGAUCGGAAUUGGACGGAACCAGAAGUGUGUUCAGACUUUAGGGACCACCAAACAUCUUAAUCAUAUUUUGCUGAGUCUUCGGACGGGCAGGCCUUCGGACUAGGGGACGGUCACCGGUCUCGCAAUCGUUAUGAAGAGCCGCGAGCGACGGAUGAAGAAGUAUGAAGUAUGGGAAAGGACUAUCGAUGACUAAAAUUUCCAAUAUGCCUUGUACAACUAAGUAAAGAAGAUUUACGAUUAUCGCUAAGAUGGAUAAGCACAGGACUUGAUGUAACGACAGGUCUCCGUUGUUCGCACUUUGUCCUUUUAAAAGCGGUUGCGGAAUCUGCUGCUGUUCAUUAUGGCGUUCUCUCUUUACAAGGGCAUACAAUGUUUUGAAUUGCAGACUAUUCUACCUAAAACAUUAACUUGUGAUAUCUGCAAAGAUUUGAUAGGUAGAAUGCCUGCAUCGGAAGACAUCAAACUUGAGUAAACUUAACUUGAGUAAACACUCUCAAGACAAAGAAAUGACAAAAGCCAUAACUUUCCAAAAACUCGGAAAGGUUGUCAACGAUAUUGCCAUAUUGCAUCCAGACAUUGGUUCGCGUGACGUUAUUUCCCUCCUGGCUUGUGCUAUCAUGUGUAUCAAGCCAAACUGUUCUACAAUAAAUGUACUGGAGGACGAUGAACGUUUUGUUUGUCAAAUGAGUAAAAAGAAGGGAACGUGUAUGGAAAAGGAGGAGGAGGUGUGCGCGUAUCCAAGCGCUCGAAUGUAUGAACGUAAGAGCAUGACGUUGAUUACAUACACACUUCAUAAAAAGCGACCAUUUAUACCCCCACUCAUAAUUACCAAGCGGGAUUUUAUGUGUUUCGAUCGUAAGUCUGGCGGAAUAGUGGUGCUAAAACAACCAUCUUCGUCACCCUUUUGGAGAGUACUGGUUUAUAAAUUGUCUAACAAAUCAUGCACUAUUCAGUACAACACGAAGUUUGCGGAUAGGCCAUUUGACUUCGUGUUUCCUCAUGGAACCUAUAAGCACUUUAUCACAUUUGCUUGCAAAAACAACAGACCACGAUUUCUGCUCUAUGAAUAUACGCAGGGUUCGUUCUUGGGAAAAAUUGCUGUUCCCAAAAAUGAUGUUUGCUCCAGGGCAGGAUUCACUAGACUAAAUUUAGUGAUUGACAUACAACUGUUAGUCGUAUGUAUCGUCCGUGGUCAUCUUAAAGCAACUAUAUACGACCCCGAAGAAAUUCACAAAGAUGGGAGCUUUACACUCAAUCUCAAGAAUGGAAUUGCAGUCCCUUUGAGAAUUGGGCUUAACCUCAUGAUUAUUUAUGGUGAUAUCUACCAUUUAGGGCUUGUACGCAAGCGGAUUAAUGUGUUUGCUUAUCGAUUGAAGAAGAUAUACGAAUCUACCAGAUAUAUAAUAAAGCUGGUGAAACCAAUCAGCAUGAUAAGCAGGUUUUACGUCAAUCCAUGGAACGGUCUCUUCUUUAUCUUCCAACUUCCUGGGCCUACUGUCAUUGCAAUGAAAGAAACAUAUGGACCGAAAGCAGGUCUACUCUCUAAUGGAUCUGGCGACAUGACAUUUACGGAGAUUAGGGCAACUCUUCACCCUUAUUCCAACGAAACGUCACCCGAUAGUUUCAUAUUUAAUCCGUCGGAUGGGUCGCUUUUACAUCUUGUUGAAGGUCGACGAAAACCCUCGGAAGUGCACCGGCUAACGGAAGUUGAGGUAUACAAGAUUAUCGAAGAGUUUUGAAUAAAAAACUGAAUUCUCAGAAUAAUAAUUGACACUUUUAUAUACUCUACACUCACCGAUCGAAGACCGGUUCAUUAACCGGUUCAAGCCCGCCCCCAUGAAUACGCAUUGAACAUGCCAAUGUCCCUUCAUACUGAUUAGCUCAAACUUGUCGGUCUUCAGGUUGUGGUAAGUUGAUUGACAGUGGUUGGCAUUGGGAAUGAACUAAUCGCUUGUGACCUUUCCACUGGAAAUCUAUCGGUGGUUAUGGUGCAGUUGAUCAAUAGCCCUGUAUUUUAGCCUAGGUCUAUUGGCAACGAAUCUUCAAUGGAAGACAUCGCAUUGAUAACAAGUAAAAUCUAUAUGGGUCGGCCAUUCUGAACUCACACUGUGAAAUUGAUGCAAAGGCGAGUGGCAUAACCAUCAGACAAAUUGGUGCCGCACAUCAAUUUUCCAUCCCGAUUGAACAAGAACGACAAUGCGCAUAAUAUCUAUUCACAAACGGCCUUAGAUCAGUGGGUCCAGAGGUAUGUAUCAUCCAGACGAGAUAUCACAAUGAGUAACAGGAUAUAUGCUGUCGCUCUGUAAAGAAUUAUAACAUUAAGUAUUCGCAAAUCCAGCAAAGUGCAAUAAUUGCAUGUACGUACAUGUAUAUUACCAAACAUUGAGAUUUCGUCUUUAAUCCACUUGAUAUUAUUUUAGUUGCAUAGGAUUACCAAUGCACCAACGCGCCAAUCGGGGCAUGCUUCGAUAAUAACACAUAGCCUCAAGACGACCCGACCAGAUAGAUUGAUAAUCUACAAUCGGCGUUCGCUUUCAGUGUGUGUACGUUACCGCGUACGCUGAAUCUUGUCACUAGUUUUCUCCGAAAUAUUGUCCUAAUGUUGAAUAACAGCAUUAUAGACUAAAGAGUCACCUUUUCAUUUUAGGUUACACACGUCCUCAAAUACCAUUCGGGUGGUGUUCGCCCCUUCAUUCCACCUAUCCGACAGCAUAGGAAAAAUUUGAAUGUUCAAUUCCAUCCAACCCUUCCUCUUAUAUUUGUUCACUACACCGAAGAGCCAGUGCCCUGGGAAAGGGCAAUUUUCUACCGAGUAUGCCAGAACGAUAAGAUUUACCGCGUACAUUAUAACAAUUCUUAUUACAUGCAUGGCAAUAUUCUCCUAGCUUCUCAUUAUGAAAUCCACUUUCCUUUCAAAAUGUCAGGAACAUCAACAGUUUACAGUCGUGCAAUAAAGCUGUACGAUUUCUCGGCGGGUAAAACGGCAGGCCGUUUGAUUUUCCACACAGGAGCAAAAUGCAUUUUCAAAACUAAAGAGUUAUAUUUGUAUACCCUAGACAUGGAAAGCUUCACACUACUUUGUCAGUCAAGAAGUGUCAAGGUAACUUUUGUUGUGACGCAAUAUAGCAGCAUCUGGACGAAGGAUGAUGAUGGGAUGGUUUUGAGAUUGCUACACAAUGAUACAAGGGUAAUUACACUCCGACAAACCGACAAAGCAUUUCACAAUAUUCUGCUAGAAUCUGAUGCCUUGACAGUCAUAACACGUACGAGUUAUAUGGAAUUUGUCAUAUUACGGAACGUACGAAACGGUCUGUCAAUAAAACAGCAUUGUACUCUUUUAGUUCAAAACAUGCGCUGUCUCAUUCCUGUCCACUAUCAUCAUAGAAUUUUCGUGGCAAAUUGUGAUUUAUGUCCAUCACAAUUGAGGGCCUUCAAAAUAAAUUGUUUUGCAAGCAGUCCUUUAAUAUCUUAUUUAAAAGGCGAUAUUCUCAGACAAUUAUCUGUAGAAAUAUACGGGUCAGUUCGCGUCAAUAUGACACUAUUCAAACAGUACAGGUUAAUGGUUGACGAAGAAUUGAAUAUGUUGCAAAUAAACCGUCAACAAGAUACACUAGGGCGCUCUGAAUACAAUGGAAUUAAGGUAUUAAGUAGGAUGUUAUAAUAAACAUCAUUGUUAGCUAUACAUUUUUCAUAGCUGAAUCUGUCUGUCGGGUUGAAACCUUCCUCAAGUUCAUUCGAUAGUCAGGAGCAACUUUUUACCGGAAAACAGUUCAGGAUUUAGUUGUCGCCGUUCUGAACGUGAAGCCGUCACUGCCACGCAUCACAACAUUGACUACAUUCUCAUGAAAACAUAGUGUAAAACAAUGAAGUUCACUUUGCAUACUGUGUUCAUGUGGUUUAUCAUAUGAGUCUUUAUAGUCCUCCGAGCAGAAAUCAAAACCGAUUACUUGGCCCAGAGAACUGUGUUGCUCACAGUCAAACUAAUGAGUUCACGACAAGCGUCAACAACAUUCAAUGGAUUCAUGUAAUUGUGCCGGACAGGUUCAGUUAAGUAACAGGGUGGUUGUGCCGAUUAGUCAAUAUUUCAUCGGACUAGUUGACUUUUUCCCAUAUUUGUGACAGUCGAGCCAGUUGCAGUUUAUCUAGUGUAGAAUUUGCAAUGUGUUGGGUUUUAAGACCGAGGCCGCGGCUCAUAACAAUCCUUCCCUGACCAUUUACAAGCCAGUUGUAGUCUAUCUGGUGAAGAUUACGCAAUGUAUUAUGUAUUAAGAUCGGAGCCAUGGUUUCCCAGCAGUACAUCCCUCACUAUUUACAAGCCAGUAUUUGGUGGAGAAUGGAAGAUGCAUUGUGUCUUUAUGAGCGAAGUUAUGGACUCACAGCUUCCCUCACUGUUCGCAAGCCACCUGCCGUCUUUCUGGUGACGUAUGCUUUGUGAGGAACAAAGCCAUGGUUUCUCAACAAUAAUCAUUUGUAUAAUAAGCUAGGGUGCAGAGGGAGGCUAUAUUUACUUAUACAUGAGGUUUGAUGUUGGCCACUAUCGAAACAACUGCCGGAGAUUAGUUGAUGAGGGUUGGAGGAUGUAUGCCUGACGAACUCUGACAUGGGUAGCCGGUCCAUGCCUUGUGAGAUGCUGUUAAAAGUAUGUCGUCAUCAACUCACAAUUGCCUUCGUUCUGUAAGUAACCUGUCGGACUCCACACCUCCACAAUUAGUCUUGUUCUAACUCGCUUCCCCUUCUUUCUGGCCAAUGUAACCAAGAGCAGAUUCCCAUCUCUAUCAAGACUCAAGCAUCGCAGCCUUGAUUUGAAAACAACUUUCCGGUUACCCAGAUAUGUCUGUCCAGUCUUAAGGCUAUUUAUAGGAAAUUUCCUAAAAUUGAAUAAGUCUACCCGUAAUUCGGUCACCAACCAAAGCGCACUUUGGCACAUAUAUGAGAAAAAGCGAUUCCGAUUCCCAACCUCAACCAGCACAUUUGGUUUUAAUGGUCGUUUCCCUCGAUAGUCUGGUAUGCAAUUAUAUGCAAUUGUGGCUUUCGCCGAUAGAAUAUAAAAAAAACACUUUCUGGUGAUCCAGUGAAGUCUGAAAAAAAAGGUAUUCGCCAAAAGUAUCGCAAUUUUUGUCUUAUUUUUCAGCAAGACAUCAUCACCUAUAUUUUCGCAGUUAUAGAUGUCAACGAAGCUCCUUGUCGCUAGAUGAAUAACAACAUAUUCUCCCGUUUCUGAAAAGGUGAAUUGAAGGAUCUGUGACCAAUAGUAUGUUUGUAUUUGGAAUUUAAUUCUUCCAGAGAUUCUUCCUUCACUAGAAUCGAAGAGUAGAUACCAUUUCUUGUCAUCAUUUGCAAGUAUAACAUACUGUGAAUAAUUCGGUGUCAUUAAAUUGCUUUUCAAUAUGUUAUAGGUAUAUUUUUUUCUGUAGCUUUCCGAAGAAGUGUCGAAUACAUAGCCUGUGAUGACAUGAACACUCGUAUUGACUCCGUGUUUUCGGUCGUAAAUGACCUUAGAUUGAUAUAGAAGCCAUGUCCCAGUGGCAGGAAUUAACGUUUUACUUAUCCACUUGGUGGCCGCAGAGCCCAGUUGUCUAAAUGACCGUGACUGGCAGUAGCUAAAGGAUAUUGGUCGGGAAUGCUGUACAUUAGAAAGGAUGAAAUAAGCACAUGAUGCUGGCGCUAAAGUUGUUUAUAUACCUCGUUAUAGACCAUACAAACGACAUUGCCCAUGUGGGGCUGAUAUUAAUAGUGAGAAAACUUAUAUCUAUUUUGACUUGAUGUUUGUGAGAGAUUUACAUGACAUUUAACACGUUUUCAGCUCUUUACAACUUUUUUUUAAAAAUCUGAUACAAAUUGUGAGCUUACAUCAUUUUGUAUUUUCCACAUUCAUUACGACCUUUGUCACAAUAGGUGUUCUUACUAAGAUGACAAAAGUAGCCAUGGAUGCGCUUCACAAAACACCGAGUAAUUCUGUGUAUAAAAGUCAGACACUAAAUGAAAGUUAAUUAAAGCCAACAAAAAUAAUCCCUAAGGCAGAUUA